AGAACGUAGGGCAGCUAUCUACGUCGCGAUUGCUCCUCUACCUUUCGGUCCUAGUAGGCCUACGGCGACACAUUGUGAUCCCAGCAGCGACACCGGCCCUGAGGUUUUUUGUGAUUUUUGCAGGAUGAAGAAAAGGAAAGUAUCGUAAAAAGCACCUGCAUUUCCAAAGUUGUCACAGAGAACUCAUCAUGCCGAUGCUGCCAACGGACCAGGCCGAAGUGACGCAACCCGCUGCAGCCGAGCUCCCGCGAGCAGCCGACGUAACAAAAGAUUCCAAGGAAAUGUCCGUGUCCUCGAGCGAGCCUACGCCCGCCCAGAUAGUGGAGGGAAAUAAAAUUGAUCUCUCUACUGGAGCGCCGACAUCAGAUCCCGAUGUUUCAACCCAGCAGAAACAGCAGCAGAGCUUCAUCCUGCAGGUAAAAUGGAAAAAAGAGGUCUAUGACAUCGAAAUCGGGCACGACCUCCAUGUUUACAUGGUGGAGGAGCUGAAGCACGAGCUCUUUUUAUCAAAAGGAAAAAUGCCCCCACCCCCGAACUUGGGAGCAGUUGUAUUGCAAACCUUUCCAAAUGAAACAUUCCUUCGCCCUCUUGCAUCUAUCAGCAUCACAAGUUUCCAAUCGUGAAUAGCAAGAAUUUGUCUUGCAAAAGACCCCAGCAAAAGCGGCGCUUGUCAUGCAAGCGAUGCGAUACACGCCUAGACUCUGCAACAGAAAGAUUCAUACUCCUUUCAUGCAUGACAAAAAGUUUUCAUUUGGAAACUUCGCAUCACAAAUUUUUGCAAUUUCAGGGGUGGGGGGCAUUUUUCACUGUAAUACUUUUCCCUCACCGAGAUUCUGCCGCACCGCCAGAAACUCGUGUACAAGGGUAAAACGAUCAAGGAGGAGGAGCUCGAACCGGCGGCCUCCCUGCAAAGCGGUCCACGGAAGAAACCGCUAUCACUGGCGGUCUACUUCCUCAGCUUGGUUCCGAAAGAAGAGAUGAAAACCGAUGGAACACCAGGAGGAGAAACUGCAGCGGGGGCGAAGAUCCUAAACCCGAGCUCUCCGGUCAUGCUUCUAGGGUCGCCGGAAACAGAGAUCAAUGCCAUGAUGGACGUGUUUAACGACCUGGCCAGUUCCACCGUAUCCUGCGCAAAAGUCCUUGGCACGACGAUCAUAUGCGGUUUUGAGUCGUGGUCUUUUUGCACCACGAAGGAAGCUUGCCAGCCAGAGAUGAGACAUCGUUUAAUAUUUACAGCGUUCUACUCUACUUCACUAUUUCUAAAUCUGUCUCGUGGCCUUGUGAUUCUGAAAGCGGAGAACAAGUCUUCCGAUGUCGUGCGUAUGAUCCUAUCAAAAACGCGUAUCGUCAAUACGUAUGAGUACUCUUGCCCGCUGCAUACCCCGACACGCUGGACGAUUUCGAGGACGACGACUUUGACGACGAGGCAAAUAACAACUACAGCUCGUCCACGGUGUUUCAACCGGUGUUGUCAGAAACCGACGACGCCAAGAUUGCCAAGCGCGUGGCGCGCGGCAAGGACUACAUCGAAAUCGUGAACCCGCCGCGGCCGGGGAAGAAGCUGCUCAUGCUCGACAUUGACUACACCUUUUUCGACCACCGCACCCCGGCAGAAAGUGCGCUGCAGCUUCGCCGACCGUACCUCAUGGAGUUCCUCACCGCCGUGUACCCGCAUUACGACAUUGGCAUUUGGUAUCCAACGGAAAUGAGUCGCCUAUUUCUUCAUCUCAAUGCGUGAAGUAAGUGUGAGGGAGUAAAGAACUAUAAGAAAGACCGAGGCAAUUAUGCUGGAACAAUUUUGUAUAAGAUUUUGCUCAAUACUCACAUGAUUAUAUUAGCACCUUGAGACCACGUAGGGAGUUGAUGGCGUAGUUUUUCCGUAGCAUAUCUGGUCCGCGACCGGGAAGCAGUGGAUCGAUUUGAAGCUGCAGCAGCUGGAAAUUCUGGCCGCCCCAGCGACCGCGUUCAACCUUUGCAUCGUGCUCGACGCGCGGGCCAUGAUCAGCACCUGGUCCGCGAAAAAGCAAACGGUGGUGAAAGUCAAGCCUUUGGAGGUGAUUUGGCGCUACGCCAAGCAGAUGAACUACGGCGCAAACUUCAAUCCCGAGAACACGAUCAUGUUUGACGAUUUGGGCCGGAAUUUUCUGCUGAACCCCCAGCAAGGACUCAAGAUCCGGCCCUUCAAGAACGCACUCACAGACGGGAGGACCGACACUGAGCUGCUGAAACUGAAAGACUACCUGCUGAAGAUCAAGGACCUGCCCAGCUUCAAGUUCUUAAAUCACAAGAAGUGGGAAAAGUAUCUGAAAAACGGGGAUGGAGGCCUUGCCCACGAACAAAAACGACAGAAAAAAUGAACCAAAACUUCUACUUCACUUGUUACGCGACAGCUUUCUUAUAUCGUUUCCAUUUCAUCAUAAUGCAGACUGAAAGAAUGCAAGUGCAGGUGCGCCACCUAAUAUGAUCGCAACAAAAAGAGAUAGUCGCAAGCAUUAAAGACUUCUGUUCCCG